AUGACCCUCCCAGCCUACUUGACGUCUCUCGCACAGAAGUGGAGGGGAAGGGAAGGGAAGGCAAGGGGAUCGAGAGCAGUGCUGAAAAACACACACUCUUUCGGUGGUAGACGCACAGAUUCCUGUCUAGCCUCGGUCCCCCACAUCCAUCUGAAAAGACGGCUGCACGCUGGUGUGGGGCGGGCGGAGGGGGCGGCGUGCUGGCAUUUCGGUCGAGGCGUAUUUCAUUCCGUGGAACUGGAACUGAACACCAAGUGCGUGGUGGAGAUGGAAGGGAAUCAAACGGUCCUGCACCCUCCUCCUUCUAACACCAAACAGGGAGAAAGGAAACCUCCCAAGGUAUUUGCCUUUGAUUAUUGCUUUUGGUCCAUGGAUGAAUCUAAUACUACAAAAUAUGCUGGUCAAGAAGUGGUUUUCAAGUGCCUUGGGGAAGGGAUUCUUGAAAAAGCCUUUCAGGGGUAUAAUGCUUGUAUUUUUGCAUAUGGACAGACAGGUUCAGGAAAAUCCUUCUCCAUGAUGGGCAGUGCUGAGCAGCUGGGCCUUAUUCCAAGGCUCUGCUGUGCUUUAUUUAAAAGGAUCUCUCUAGAGCAAAAUGAGUCACAGACCUUUAAAGUCGAAGUAUCCUAUAUGGAAAUUUAUAAUGAGAAAGUUCGGGAUCUUUUGGACCCCAAAGGGAAUAGACAGUCUCUGAAAGUUCGAGAGCAUAAAGUUUUGGGACCAUAUGUAGACGGUUUGUCCCAGCUGGCUGUCACUAGUUUUGAGGAUAUUGAGUCAUUGAUGUCUGAGGGAAAUAAGUCUCGGACGGUAGCUGCGACCAACAUGAAUGAGGAAAGCAGCCGCUCCCAUGCUGUGUUCAACAUCAUAAUCACGCAGACACUUUAUGACCUGCAGUCUGGGAACUCGGGAGAGAAGGUCAGUAAGGUCAGCCUGGUGGACCUGGCAGGUAGCGAAAGAGUGUCCAAAACAGGAGCCGCAGGAGAGCGACUCAAAGAAGGCAGCAACAUUAACAAAUCUCUCACAACCUUGGGGUUGGUUAUAUCAUCGCUGGCUGACCAGGCAGCUGGCAAGGGUAAAAAUAAAUUUGUGCCUUAUCGAGAUUCAGUCCUCACUUGGCUUCUUAAGGACAAUUUGGGAGGCAACAGCCAGACCUCUAUGAUAGCCACCAUUAGCCCAGCAGCAGACAACUAUGAAGAGACCCUCUCCACCUUACGAUAUGCAGAUCGAGCCAAGAGGAUUGUUAACCAUGCCAUCGUGAAUGAGGACCCCAACGCCAAAGUCAUCCGGGAACUGCGUGAGGAAGUAGAGAAACUGAAGGAGCAGCUCUCGCAGGCUGAGGUAAGAGCAGCUCUGAGCUCCCUGUUUCUGAAGGUCCCUGGCUGGUGUUACUGGAGUGGGGAAGGGUGUCCUUGCUUGCAGUUUGACCAUACCAGGGUGGGUGCAGACACCUCACAGGACAUCCAGCUGUUCGGGAUAGGAAUUCAGCCGGAGCACUGUGAGAUAGAUAUUGCAUCUGAUGGCGAUAUUACUCUUACUCCGAAAGAAAAUGCAAGGUCCUGUGUAAAUGGCACCCUCGUGUGCAGCACCACCCAGCUGUGGCACGGCGAUCGAAUCCUGUGGGGAAAUAACCACUUUUUUAGAAUUAAUUUACCUAAGAGGAAACGGCGAGAUUGGUUGAAAGACUUUGAAAAGGAGGCAGGCCCACCAGAGCAUGACCUGGACGCAGCCAGUGAAGCUUCCUCAGAACCAGACUAUAACUAUGAAUUUGCACAGAUGGAAGUUAUCAUGAAAACCCUGAAUAGUAACGACCCAGUGCAAAAUGUGGUUCAGGUGCUGGAGAAACAGUACCUGGAGGAAAAGAGGAGUGCCCUGGAGGAGCAGCGGCUCAUGUACGAGAGGGAGCUGGAGCAGCUCCGCCAGCAGCUGUCCCCAGAGCGGCAGCCCCCGAGCAGCAGCCCCGACCGCCUGGCCUACAGCAGCCAGACAGCUCAGCAGAAGGUGACCCAGUGGGCAGAGGAGAGGGAUGAGCUCUUCCGUCAGAGCCUGGCAAAGCUGCGCGAGCAGCUCGUGAAAGCUAAUACCUUGGUAAGGGAGGCAAACUUCUUAGCCGAGGAAAUGAGUAAGCUCACUGACUACCAAGUGACUCUGCAAAUCCCUGCUGCAAACCUCAGCGCCAACAGGAAGAGAGGUGCCAUCGUGAGCGAGCCAGCUAUUCAAGUGAGGAGGAAAGGAAAGAGCACCCAAGUUUGGACCAUUGAGAAGCUAGAGAAUAAAUUAAUUGACAUGAGAGACCUUUAUCAAGAAUGGAAGGAAAAAAUCCCUGAGGCAAAGCGUCUCUAUGGGAAACGAGGUGACCCUUUCUAUGAAGCCCAAGAGAAUCACAACCUAAUUGGUGUGGCUAAUGUGUUCUUGGAGUGUCUCUUUUAUGAUGUGAAACUUCAGUAUGCAGUUCCUAUCAUCAGCCAGCAGGGGGAGGUUGCUGGGCGUCUCCAUGUAGAAGUGAUGCGAGUGACAGGGGCCAUCCCGGAGCGCGUGGUGGACGAUGACUCCUCCGAGAACUCCAGCGAAGGCGGGAGCCUUGAAGUCGUGGACAGCAGUGGGGAGGUCAUUCACCGAGUCCGGAAACUGACGUGCCGGGUAAAAAUUAAAGAGGCAACUGGGCUGCCCUUAAACCUCUCAAAUUUUGUCUUCUGUCAAUACACAUUCUGGGACCAGUGUGAAUCUACAGUGGCGGCCCCAGUGGUGGACCCCGAGGUGCCCUCCCCUCAGUCCAGGGACGCCCAGUACACCGUGACCUUCUCUCACUCUAAGGACUACGUGGUGACCGUGACAGAGGAGCUCCUAGAGUUCCUGUCCGACGGAGCCCUGGCCAUUGAGGUGUGGGGCCACCGCUGUGCUGGGAACGGCAGCUCCGUCUGGGAAGUCGACUCUCUUCACGCGAAGACGAGAACGUUGCACGACAGGUGGAAUGAGGUAACACGGAGAAUAGAAAUGUGGAUCUCCAUACUGGAAUUGAAUGAGCUAGGGGAGUACUCAGCAGUGGAACUUCACCAGGCAAAAGAUGUCAACACAGGAGGCAUCUUCCAACUCAGACAGGGUCAUUCCCGGAGGGUGCAAGUCACGGUGAAACCGGUGCAGCAUUCUGGGACACUGCCGCUCAUGGUCGAAGCCAUCUUGUCUGUCUCCAUUGGCUGCGUCACUGCCAGAUCCACUAAGCUGCAGAGAGGGCUGGACAGUUACCAGAGAGAUGAUGAGGAUGGUGAUGAUAUGGAUAGUUACCAGGAAGAAGACUUAAACUGUGUGAGAGAGAGGUGGUCUGAUGCGCUCAUCAAACGACGAGAGUACUUAGAUGAGCAGAUAAAAAAAGUCAGCAAUAAAAAAGAGAAGACGGAGGACGACGUGGAGCGGGAAGCCCGGCUGGUGGAGCAGUGGGUGGGGCUGACCGAGGAGAGAAACGCCGUGCUGGUGCCUGCACCGGGCAGCGGGGUCCCCGGGGCCCCCGCCCACUGGGUCCCACCACCCGGAAUGGAAACUCACAUACCGGUUCUCUUCCUUGAUUUGAAUGCUGAUGACCUUAGUGCCAACGAGCAGCUCGUGGGCCCCCAUGCGUCGGGCGUGAACUCCAUCCUGCCCAAGGAGCACGGCAGCCAGUUUUUCUACCUGCCCAUCAUAAAGCACAGUGAUGAGGAGGUUUCAGCCACGGCCUCCUGGGACUCCUCAGUGCAUGAUUCCGUUCACCUGAAUAGGGUCACGCCACAGAACGAAAGGAUUUACCUAAUAGUGAAAACCACGGUGCAGCUCAGCCACCCGGCUGCUAUGGAGUUAGUAUUACGAAAACGGAUUGCAGCCAAUAUUUACAACAAACAGAGCUUCACCCAGAGCCUGAAGAGGAGAAUAUCAUUGAAGAAUAUAUUUUAUUCCUGUGGUGUAACCUAUGAAAUAGUAUCCAACAUACCAAAGGCAACAGAGGAAAUUGAGGACCGGGAAACCCUGGCUCUCAUGGCAGCAAGGAGUGAAAAUGAAGGCACUUCAGAUGGGGAGACCUACAUAGAGAAGUACACACGUGGUGUGCUGCAGGUGGAGAACAUUCUGAGCCUUGAACGGCUCCGGCAGGCGGUCACAGUCAAAGAAGCACUGUCCACCAAAGCCCGGCACCUGCGGAGAAGUCUCAGCACCCCAAAUGUUCAUAAUGUCUCCUCUAGUCGACCAGACCUUUCUGGCUUUGAUGAAGACGAUAAGGGUUGGCUAGAGAACCAAUUAGACAUGUCUGACUACAGCUCCAGUUAUCAGGAUAUAGCCUGUUACGGAACUUUACCCAGGGAUUCGCCUCGAAGGAGUAAAGAAAGUAGUGGUUGUCCAUCAGAGAACCCCCACGCCUUAACAGUCAGCCCUUUUAAAGCAUUCUCUCCCCAGCCACCAAAGUUUUUCAAACCCUUAAUGCCUGUCAAAGAGGAGCAUAAGAAAAGGGUGGCUCUUGAAGCAAGACCGCUCCUCAGCCAGGAGAGCAUGCCUUCACCUCAGGCACAUAACCCGGGCUGCAUUGUGCCCUCAGGAAGCAAUGGCAGCAUCAUGCCAGUAGAGCUCAAUAGCAAACGUGAGAAGAAGAUUGACUCUGAGGAGGAGGAGAAUGAUCUGGAAGCUCUUAGCAGGAAGCUGAUAAGUUCACAGCCUUACGUACCUGUGGAGUUUGCUGACUUCAGUGUUUACAACGCCAGCUUGGAGAACAGGGAGUGGUUUUCUUCUAAAGUAGAUUUGAUGAACUCAAGGGUCUUGGAGAAAGAAGUAUCCCGUAGCCCCACCACCAGCAGUAUUACCAGCGGCUACUUUUCCCACAGUGCCUCCAAUGCCACGCUAUCGGACAUGGCGGUCCCUUCCAGUGACAGCUCAGACCAGCUGGCCAUGCAGACAAAGGAUACAGACUGUAGUGAGCAUUACGGACCGUCACUUGUGCACAAUUUCAGACCGUCCUCAAACAAAGAGUUGACAGAACUCGAAAGAGGCUUGGUGAAAGAUAAGAUAAUUUUGGUGCCACUCAAGGAAAAUAGUGCCUUAGCCAAAGGGAGCCCAUCGCCCCAAAGCAUCCCUGAGAAGAACUCCAAAAUCUUCUGUCGGACUGGCUCCUGUUCAGAACAAGAUGCCUGCUCCCACAGAAAUGGCCAACCAGCCAGAGAAUUUUACCCCGGGGAAGUGACCAUAGAACACACCACAGAUAUCCUGGAGGACCAUUCCUUCACAGAGUUUAUGGGUGUAUCCGAUGGGAAAGAUUUUGACGGUUUGACAGAUUCUCCUGCUGGAGAGCUUUCAAGUAGAAGAAACCUACCAAAUAAAACGGACAAGAAGAGUAUCUCAGACGGGCCGCAGGACCCUGCCCAGCUGCAUUCCUCGGCGCAGAAUGACCAGGGAAGCACGACCCCUCGGUGAAAAGCAGCCCGGGCUUCCUUGCAGGCCACAGCGUCUUUGCUCCGGCUGCCUUGUGGAAAGCACCAGCACCAUCUUUAAAACAUGCUGCGGCCCAGCCGGGACCUCAGACCAGCGUGGAGAAGCCAGUGCUUCGUGGGCCACCUACUUUCUCCUCCCGAGCUGGGAGCAGCGGCACUUUGUCACGCAGGGGCACCGGCAGCCUCUGCUUUAUUCCAGAAAGCCAGAGAACCGAAAAUCCCGGAUUGCAUUAAGUGGCAGUAUUUUUGUUUUGCACUUAACGACUACACACACCCACUGUGUAGGACCUCCACAGAUUCAGACAAACUUUAUUCUUGUACAACUAAUUUUAAUCAGUUCUUACUGUAGAAUCUGGAGUCAAUGCUCUUUUUUUUUUUUAUAAAUAAUAUAUAUGAUGUAUAUGAAAUGUAUAUCUAUAGUAUGUUCAGGGACAGACAAGACUGCGCGUGAAAAUGCAGAUAAAAGUGGUUUGUAGAAAAUCGUAAGGUACUGGACUCGGUUACACAGCAACUUAGGUAAUCAUCUGAUGGACGAGCAGAUGAGAAAGAUUUGAUCACCUAAGAACAAGGUUGCAAAUCCCUCUUUGCAGAAAAGCUUCCAGAAGGCCGUUCUUUACAACCAAAGAACUUACGUGAAGACUAAACGUGUUUGCUGUCCGUUCUUGUUUCAUGUGUACAUAUGUGUCUGACUGCAAGUUUGGUGCCAUAUUGCUCUUGGUUGCCAGGCCCCUUGUAGCUCGCUGUUCUCUGUCCUGUUCCAUAAGCACACUGAAAACCCCCACAGUUCUAUUCCGUGUCUUCCACCUGGCCCAGCACCUGCUGAUGUGACAUUGCAGUGUCACUGUUGACAAUGCCUGGGGCUCUGACUGCAGCCUUCCUCGUCCUUCAGUUUGGCCUGGCCAGGCAGGUGGGAUGUGGAGAGCAGUAUGUAUUACUGUAGGAAAACACGAGGACACGCCUGGAGUUGGGUGUGGGGAGGAAAGGGAUAUUGAUUUUUGUCUUUUUGUGGGUGUUGUUUUUUUUUUUUUCGUUUUGGAUUGGUAGGUUUCGUUGUGUGGUUUUGCUGUUGUUAUUUUACUUCAGUUCUGGAAAACGCUGAGGAAGAUCGGAUGAGCUCUCAAGGUCCCAGGUGCCCGCUUUGCCAGGUUUGCCACAGACGAUGGAGCACGGAGGACCCCGCUGUCCAUGGCUCUUCUUGCAGAGUGCUUGUCGAAGGAUGACGUGUGUGAGGAUUUUCGCAGAAGUGCUUUAUGCACCUGUCCUGUAGAAGCUUGUAAAAAUCAUGUGGAUGUACAGCAUAAAGCCCUUGUGGGAGAGGGAGAAGGCGUACGGCCUGCUGUACCUUUUUCUUUAAGUUCCUAGCAUCAGUAAGUGAGUAAGAUUUUGGAGACUUUAAUGAAAAGCUGCUGUUCUGAUUUUGUGUAUAGUGAGCCGACUGUAGUAUUUUACUAUUGUCUGUUUUUAAAAAAAAAACAAAACUAAUUUAUAUCCCCUUUCAACUUUAUUGUAUUUAAUUGGUACAGAUUGUGUGUGUGUGUGUGUGCGUGUUUUAGAAUACAGACUGUCUAAUUCAGAUUUUAAAA